AUAGACCAAGUACCAAUCAAGAAGAAGCUCGAACUAGUAUUGCAAUUUACACUCGACUAACAAAUUCCAAUGGCAGAUGGAGAUGUGAAUAUCUCCAUUGAUGAAACCGUCAAAGGUCUUCUAAAUUCUGUACAAAAUCGAAGUCCUAUCGACCUAUUUUCAACAUCUAUCAACAUUGUUCCUAGUGGCCUUCGGGAUCUCAGCCCUUCUUCUUUCAUCCCUAGGGUGGUCUCUAUAGGUCCUCUUCACAAAGAAAACGAAAAUCUGAAAGCAUUUGAAGACCAGAAAGCAACUUAUGUGCAUGAACUAUUGCAUCCUCUCGACUCCCCAGUCGAGCAAACACUAAAAGAAUGUGUGCUGAAGGUGGCUUUUUCAGUAGACAGAAUCAGGGCAUCCUAUGUCCCGAAGAUCACCUAUAGUGACAUGGAACUUGCCAAAAUGAUGGUUAUGGAUGCUUGUUUCAUACUUGGAUUCAUUGGCGCACUUUCAGAAUCCAGUGACGAACCAGAACUACAAUACUUGUUGCGUGGCUCGUCUAUAGUUUAUGACCUCGUGCUUGUUGAAAACCAGAUCCCUUUCUUUAUUCUUCAAGACAUUUUCGACUGCACAAUCUUGAAAUCCAAACCUACAGCCUCUCUUACUGAUCUUAUCCUUCAACUCAUACAAGUUUUCAACGUCUUUCAAUCAAACAUAACAAUCAGCAACGUUUACCCAUUUGUACCUCUUGAUCAUAUUCUUGGUUUUCUUGAUAGGUGUUACUGGCCAUCAGUGGAAUACUCUCCUUCACAAGGAUUACCAAGUUCAGCAAUCCACUCGACUGUAGAACUUGAGAGAGCAGGGAUGAUCUUUCAGUGUAAUCAAGAUCAUGAAAGAUGGCAGAUGGAUAUGGAGUUCAUAUCUUCUAAGUUUUCAUGUUUUUCGUGGUGUUGGGGGAAGCCUACUCUAAGAAUGCCAGUAUUGCGUAUUGACAACUUCACUGAGUUGAUUUUAAGGAACCUCAUUGCUUACGAACAGUCCUCUGGAUUUCGUACUUAUGUCACCUCGUAUGCUAUGGCCAUGGAUAUGCUAGUCGAUAAUCAAGAAGACAUUGCAAAGUUAAUAGACUCAAAAGUCGUUGUCAACCAUUUAGGUUCAAAUGAAAAGGCUGCAAAUAUGAUGAAUAGUCUUUGCAAAGAACUUCCCUUAUUAAGUUUCUAUUACAUUGAUAUCUGGCGACAAAUGGAUACCCACUACAAUAGUUAUUGGCCCAAAAAUAUAUCGGCUUUGAAGCGUACAUAUUUCAGUAGUCCAUGGAAUAUGAUUGCUCUACUUGCUGGUAUCGCCCUCUUUGCUCUUACCAUAGUUCAGACCAUAUAUACUGUCAAUGCCGCAUAGCGCAAAAUUACUUUUUUCUUAAGCUGCUGGAAGCAACCUGCAGUUGAUUUGAAUUGUUUUGAGAUGUGCCUUUUUUAUUUGUUAACGCUUGCAACAUGUUUAUGUCAAUCUUCAUCUUGAGGGGUUCCACAAAACAUGGUGAUUACUUGUCCUUUAAGAUUUAUAUUUUCAAAAUUUCUAUCAUUCAGAAAUGUAAUGUUUUUGUUAGUUAUUAUACACUUGCGAAUAGUUGUAUCACCCACA